UUCGACAAGCACAAGAACGUCGGCGGUGCCUGCGGAGAGAUUUGCGUUGACACAGGAAAAGCAUGUUCACUUCUCCUCACAAGUCCAUUGGCUGCUUCGCAGAAUUUUGAGUAUAAAAUGUCGAACAUAUUGGAUAAGCCACUCGAGAGUGUUUUUGGCUAUAUCAGUGUGCUUCCCGGUGCCUUCAGUGCGUAUCGCUACAAAGCACUGCUCAACGGGCCCGACGGCAAAGGACCCUUAGCAUCAUACUUCAAGGGUGAGGAAAUGCACGGGGGCUCUAGCAAGGCUGGCUUAUUCGAACGUAACAUGUACCUCGCUGAAGAUCGUAUUCUCUGUUUCGAGAUUGUCACGAAGAAGCGCGAAGCUUGGGUGCUGCGCUACGUGAAGAGUGCCAAAGCAUCCACCGACGUUCCUACCACUGUUCCGGAGUUUAUCUCCCAACGUCGUAGAUGGUUGAACGGCUCUUUGUUCGCAUCCAUCCAUGCGACGAUCUUCUUCUGGCGUAUAUGGACUUCUGGCCAGAAUAUCUUCCGCAUGUUGCUACUUCAAAUCGAGUUCAUCUACAAUGCAGUCCAGCUGCUGUUCACAUGGACAUCGCUCGCCAACUUCUACCUUGCCUUCUUCUUCCUCGUCUCAUCCGCCACGUCUACCGGCUCGACAGACGCCUUCAACCUGAUUCAUAAUGGUGCUGGUGCCAUAAUCUUCGAAGUGUUCCUGAAGCUGUACAUUGCGCUCCUCUUUGUCGUCACAGUUUGUUCCCUCGGUAAUCGCCCUCAAGGUUCGAAAUGGACCUACUCAUUGGCCAUGAUCUUGUUCGGCUUAUGUGCCGUCAUCACACUCUGGUGUGCUGGUUACACCGUCUAUCUCGCUGUCCCCCACACUAUUGCAGGCUGGGAGGAUUUGCCUCACCUCAUCCAGACAAAUGCAACGUUCCGCGACAUCGUCAUUUCCAUGGUUGCCACCUAUGGUCUUUACCUUAUUGGAUCCAUCCUUCACGGAGAACCCUGGCACAUGCUAACAUCCUUCGUUCAAUACUUGUUCCUUCAACCAAGCUAUAUCAACAUUCUCAUGAUGUAUGCCAUGUGCAAUUUGCACGACGUUACAUGGGGUACCAAAGGUGAUAACGGCGCCGUGAAAGACCUCGGCGGUGCCAAGAAGCUCAAGGACGCCAGCGGCAAGGAGGUCAUGGAGGUGGAGCUACCGACCGAACGCGAGGACGUUGACCAGGUCUGGAAUGCCUCGCGUCAGGCCCUCUCGCAGAGGCCUCCCGAAGAGAAAGAGCAUCGCGACGCCGCCACCAAGCAGGCUGACCGCGACCGGAAUAGCAGAACCAACGUCGUCCUCGCAUGGGUCGGAACUAACAUGUGCGUC